AUGGAACUUAAUAAAAAUAAAAAAACUUCUUUUGACGUUAGUGGAGGAGAUGACGAGAGGCCCGAGAAGGGCGGAGUAGAGGAGAGGCCCGAGACGGGCGUCGUUACGGUAGUCGACGAAGGCUCUGACGCGGACAUGCGGUCCAGGUCGUCUCACGACUCGGACUCGUCACGCAAAGGCCGCCUUUGGAAGCGCAAGCGUCGUAGUGACAAUGACUGCGCAUCGGAUGAAAGUGACUGUGUGUCGGGCAAGGUGCACACAGCGCGAAGAGGUCGUGGUAGACCGCCCACGACCGGGAAGUACGUCGGUCUCGCCAAAGCCAAGGCCGAAUACAUCAAGCAGUGUGAGCGAGAGCUCGAGCUCGAAGCGGAGAGCGAGGCGGUCGAAAUCACGCGCCAAGUAAGGGCGACGCGAUCCGCGACGAGCUUAGGAGGAGCGUGCCCGGCUGAAGGGUGCUCGACACUGGACCUGCACAGGAGGGCCCAGGAGUGUGUCGAGGCCAUAAUCAAGCUCACCAAGGGGUCGAAAAAUCUGAAGGGUACCUUUAAAAAGGCCUAUAACGAGACGGCUGAGGCCCUUAGCGAAGUACUAGGAACCCUUUAUACCCGGACGACGACCGAUGAGAUCCGUCUGCUGCAGGAGGGGAAUGAUCGGCUUCAAGCCGAAAACGCCCAGCUGCGCUCGGAGAUUGCGGAGCUGAGGCAGGGCGUGGCCGACCUGAGGCGCGACUUGUGCGCGACGCCUGCACCAGUCCCCUCUUGCUCCAGGAAAGAGAUCGACGACGACUCAUUCGUUUCUAAAAUUAUGGACGGGGUCGGGAAAAUGCUCGACGCCCGAUUCCGAAACUUGGAAGCGUCCGGCAGGCUCCUGCCCGAAGCGCGGGUGCGAGCAGUCGAGGCACCGGCUUCUCAGCCGACGGAGACCAGUGUUACUACGCUGGCCCCGCCGGCGAACCCGGCUCCGAGACCUGCCAAGGCAGGCCAAAAAAAGAAGAAAAAGAAGAAGAAGGCGGGUGCGGCUACCCAAGUCGCUGCGCCCAACGAGCCUCGCCCCCUACCACCUGCUCCGGCCGCUCUGACGGAGGGGUGGAAUGUGGUGGCGAGGAAAGGAAGAAAGGCGGGGCCGCCCAAAAACCAGCCCCAGCCCCAGAACAAAGGUGAGCCGGCUAAGAAGCCAAAAACGCCGAAGCUGCGAUUGCCGCGAUCGGCGGCGGUGCAGCUGACGCUGUUGCCGGGCAGCACGAGGACCUACGCGGAGGUCCUCGGUGCCAUAAAGGCUGACGGCCUUAUAGCGAGCAUGGGCGUCGAGACUCGCUAUAGGGUCUCUCAGACCGGCGCGCGAAGGCUCGAGCUGCCCGGCACCGGCAAUAAGGAGAAGGCCGAGGAGCUAGCCCGGCGCAUCAAGGCGGUCGUCGGCGAGGACGUGGCGGUCACCCGCCCGGAGAAGUGCGCCGACCUGCGGGUGGCCGGGUUAGACGACUCGGUCACUCCCCAGGAGCUGGCCGGCGUGAUCGCCAAGGCGGGAGGAUGCGCCGAGGAAUCGAUAAAAGUGGGCGAAGUACGGCAAAACUUCGCCGGCAUCGGGACAGCGUGGGUUCGCUUGCCAGUAGAGGCGGCGAAGAAAGUGGUCGACGGGCGCCGCCUACUCGUCGGGUUCGUGUCGGCGAGUGUGACUCUUCUCAAGACGAGACCGCAACAAUGCUAUCGCUGCCACGAGGUUGGGCACGUGGCAGCGAAGUGCGACAAGGGAGUGGACCGCAGCGGCCAGUGCUACCGCUGCGGCAAGGAGGGGCACAUUCGCCGGCAAUGUACUGCCGAAGCUUGCUGUCCCAUAUGCCAGGCGGAGAAAAAAGCGGCUGGGCACAGCCUAGUCGCGUGCCCUCGCAAUAAAGCGGGAAGGAGGAAGAAGGCAGCGACCAAAAAUAAAACCCGCGCGCCGCCUGCCAACAGAGCUGGGGAGGUGACAAUGGACACCCAAUUGUAG